CUCGAAGCGGCGGGAUAAUAGAAUCCACGAAGACACGAGAUGAGCGUGAAAAACAUCAGCAACUUUCCAAAGUCAACAGAAUGUCAUCGGGCAAAGACGACUCUUUCCAAUUGUACGACUUGCGAGUUGAGGUUGUUUGCCCGCCAGGCGAGCGCAUCUUGUGUGGAGCCAAAGAAGGAGACCAUUUUACCGUGCAAGGAGAGAUGCUACAUCUACCUGAAGGUCAGGGCAUAAGCUUCUACAGCUUAGCGGCAGUACUGCCUCUGCUAGGGGCCAAGCAGCGGCCGACUCACGCACAUGACUGGAUGUCCACGGAUGCAUUGAUCGCAUGUCCAGACCCGAACUGUAAAUCGCAGCUCAAGAUCAUACGGACCGGGUUGCGGACCUUCAGUCAUGCGGAUACCACGGUAGUUGGCCUCGAGGGAAACUCUUGACUUUUGGACUGAGAUAUACGUAUGGAACAUCUGUUUCCUCAGCUUUACACAGAGCAUCAAUUGUUGUGGAGAUGGUCUUAGAGGCUUGGCGGGGAUGGAGGUAUAGGGCUGAGCGCAUGCUGAGGAUGUUCUCGUAGACAGAUUGUCAUAUUCGACAACACAAUCGCGAUAGCAAUACAUACAGCUUUUGACGCGUCGCGGCGUCAAUAGAGGCUGCAAGCGCCCUCCAGGCAAUCAAUCUUUGUCACCAGUAUAAUCACCG